AUGCCGAUUUCCGCUGUGCUCGCAGACCAAGCCAAGGUCCUUCGCCAGCGGUUUGCCCCAGUGUUCCAAGACGGCCUGGAUCGUUGCACAUACACUCAAGUCGUGCUACACAUGUCUCCUGGAAGUCAACCAGUCUUCCGUCCAAAGCGACCAGUCCCGCAUGCAGCUCUACCACUUGUCGAGGCUGAUCUGAAGCAUCCAGAGGAACAGGGAGUUCUAGUUCCUGUAUCCUACCCCGCCUGGGUCGUUCCAGUCGUUUUGGUUAAGAAGCCUAAUGGCUCGAUCCGCAUUUGUGCUGACUUCUCCAUCGGUCUCAACGCCGCUCUGACGCCGAAAUGCUAUCCAUUACCGGUUCCGGCUGAUCUUUUCGCCCUGCUGAACGGUGGCACGUGCUUUGCCAAGUUGGAUCUCGCUGAUGCGUAUUUGCAGAUCGAGAUCGCCCCAGAGUCGCGCAAAUUUCUGACCAUCAACAUUCACCGCGGUCUGUUCCAAUAUAUCAGACUACCUUUUGGUGUCAAGAUCGCCCCGGCCCUAUUCCAACAAACGAUAAACGCAAUGUUUUCCGGCAUCCCUGGCACAGUUGGGUACCUGAACGACAUCAUCGUGGGUCGCUCUCAUGCCGAGCUGCAAGACCGGAUGUGCGCAGUACUCGAACGCGUGCAAAAAUAUGGCUUUCGCCUACGGGUCGACAAGUGCCAAUUCUUCUUCGACUUCAUCAAGUCCCUCGGAUUCUUUUUUGACGUUACCGGUCGCCAUCCAGAUCCUGAAAACAUUCGGGCCAUCCAACGGAUGCUGCACCCAAGAAUGUAUCGCAACUUCGUUCGUUUCAUACUAAUGCGCCUUCCUACAAUCGCUGCAUGA